AUGAAUUCUUUCAGCAAUCAACAUGGAAUACCCACCUUGGCAUACAAUUGCGCCAAGGUGCCAGCAUCAUGCGAAAAUGUUCACCAACAAUACCCUCUAGCAACCACCGUUCAUGCAGCACCUGCCGGAGUUGUCACAAGCCAUCAUACUAUCCUGGGCGCCAGGUCACAUCUGCAGUUGCAUUUUGAUAGGGACGAUAACAGUGGUGGGCGAAGAGGCAAGGCUUGUGCCAAAAACUGGAAAAACCACCACAACUGUCCAGAGUCCAAUCAGCCAGACACUGUCCCUGCUGGAGCUAUGAUGGGAGACGGCUCUUUUCCGGCUGCCAGAUGGAAUCCGAAUAAUCUCGUCAUGGGCGACGCAGGCUACAACAGAAUCGCCAAUGCAGCAGGCCAGUUUUCCGGUAUGAUGUGGACUUGCGAUGAGUUUCCCUUCGCCACGUAUGAGACCCCCUACCAAAACCCAUACCAUGAGUCUGAAACUGAAACAUUCGCCUCUGCAGUUCUGUUGAAGGAGGUGCCGGAGCGAGAACAUACUGUACCCCACAGAACGCAGCAUGUGGACUUCCAGAGUAAUGCUUUGUCAUGGGAUCGCCAUCUUGUGGGCAACGGCUCGGCAGUGGACCUUGAGCAAGGUAACCUGAAGCGGUCGAUGGGACAGAUGCAGAGCCGUGAUAACGACAACGGUACCGUGGGACUCAGCGCCGACUGGCUGAAUGCUUCAGGGAACAGCACCAACCCGGCUCGUCAAGCAUACGAGGAUCUGCCCGAGGGUCCACCAUUGCCGAUUCUUGAAAUUGCUCAAGAUUUUGUGGAAGAACAGAAGGAAGACAAGCCGGCUGAAGAACCGUAUAUCGUGCGCGCUGUCAAGGCGAGUGACGGGAACGAAAGCUCUAUUUGCGACUUUGUGACACCCUGUCCUGAUGGCAGCUGCUGCAACAGGAAGGGACAAUGCGGCUACGGAGAAGAAGUCUGCGGCUCCAAGGUCUGCGUUUCCAACUGCGAUGCCACGGCCGCUUGCGGUAAAGACAGUCUCGGCGGCAAGGUCAAGUGUCCACUCAACGUAUGCUGCAGUGCUUAUGGCUACUGUGGCGUUGAGGACGACUUCUGUCGAGCUGGCAACGCAGACAAUUCUUGCCAGAAGGGCUUUGGGAGUUGCACCAAGAUCGAGCCGCCAUCUUGCGGCGGAUGCUCAGCCUUCGCGAGGAGCAUUGGCUACUACCAGUUUGCCAAUAUGCGCGAACGGCAGUGCAACCGCAUCACGCCCAAGCAAAUCCGCACUGAAGGCUUCACCCACUUGGCGUGGAUCUUGACUGGGAGUAAUCACCAAAUCCCGGGAGCCCCUGAUCGAGGUGGCCGCAAGGAGGAUACAGACAACUAUGUGUCACUCCUCAAGGACAUGCGCGCCGCAUUCGGGUCCAAGUAUGGAAUCAGUAUCGCUAUCCCCACGAGCUACUGGUACUUACGAUGGUUCAAGCCGAAGGAGAUAGAGCAAUACGUUGACUACAUGGGAAUCAUGACAUAUGAUCUUCAUGGGCCGUGGGAUGAGGAUGUCAAGCAGGUCAACAUGGGUCUUGCUUACUAUGCUCGUGGCUAUACCGUCGCUGAUUCGAACUGCAAUGGUGUCGGGUGCAAAUGGUCGGGCACCAGUCGACCGGCUCCCUGCACCAACUUUGGCGGUGUCAUGUCCCUCGAGGAGAUUGGGAGGAUGUGGAUCGGAUACGAUAACGAAGACACCAUUUAUAUGAAGAAGAAGUGGGCAAGUAGCCGCUGUUUCGGCGGUACAAUGGUGUGGAGCGUCGAUAUGUUUUCAGGUUCUGGAAGCGGAGAUACGCCGGACGAUCAAAGCGACGGAGGCUCAGAGGAUCCCGGUGGUGGUCAAGGCGAUGGCUCGGGUGUUAUCUACAUCGACCCGGAGAUCUGGGAAGAGGAUCAGCCCGAGCUUACCACCAUCUGGUCAACAUUCGAUAUCACUCCAAGCAUCAAGGUUCCAACUUUUAUUAUCACGAACAGACUUCCUGAGACUACCAAGGACAGUGUGACCCAGCCUCCGGGCACCAGGACCAUCACUCCCCCACCAUACCCUUGGACUUACACACCACCAACGACUAGACCGUCAAAUACACCCGGCGACGACGAUGAUGAUGAUGACGAAGUUAUACCGCCAUUCCCAGUUGUGACCUGGCGACCAGGAAAGCCUGGUCCUAUAUGCAAGAAGAACUGCGACAAGACGUGUCGCGUCUUCUGCUCUCAUCCCUGUCUUCUCAACUGCCCAGACGGUGGUGGAGACUUCGCAGACCCUCGCAAUCCAAAACCCCCGAAACGGCCAGUACCACCAAACCCGACCAUCCCGAAGCCUACAGGGAAGCCGGCCAAGCCUACCAAGAUACCGACGCCAGGUACCACCCCCGAAAACAAGGAGCAUGAAGACAACGAGCGACAGUGUGCGAUUGAGUUCGGUCUCCCGCUUCCAACCUGGAGAGACCCAGCCACCACCACGAGCGUCAAGCCCAAGCCCACGCCACCCAAGCCCUCCCCGAAACCAGACCCGAAGCCGCCUUCUCCGAACCCCAAGACGGAGGAGGUGAAAUGCUAUGGCAUCGGCGGUCAGGUGUUAGAUGCGACCAAACCCGAAACCGAGCGUACCCUAGAGUGUCAACACGGGGUGGUCUGCACAGGAGAUGGUUUCGGGUGUGUUGUCGAUGUUCUUAUGAGCGUUACUGUUAAGAACUGGUGUCGGUUCACGGUCGGCGGCAAAGGGCUCAAGUCAGAGUGUGGCCGGAUCUUGAGACGCAUGAUUGACGAGUGUGAUACGAGCGACGUGAGGUAUAAGAAAGGUGGCACGAUGAGCAGCAAUUGUGCGGAUUGGAAGUUUGAUCCUAACUACCGUGGCUGGUGGUCCAAGAAUCAAUGUUCAGCGUAG